CCGAAAACGGAAAAACGAAAACUACAGCGUGCCCGAUUGAUUUUUAUCUAUAUAUAGGUAAAAAUGUAUUGAAGUGUACGGUUUUUAUACAUAAAAUAAAUACAAUUUGUAUUUAAGAUAUAUUGCACAAGUUACUUUUGUAGUGCGUCGUUUUAUAUUAUAAAAAUGAAAGAUCCCUUUGUGACCGACUCCGGUAUCGAUUCGCCAACAAGAGAUAGUCUUAAAAAUAUUGAAGGAUGUUAUAAUAAAAAUAUAUUUAAAGGGAAAUCUUUUGCUAAUUCACGUCGUGCCUUGCAAUCAGGGGCUGAAAAGAUAUCGAGGACGUUCAAGAGCGUUAGAAAUACUUUCGGAAAUUUAUCACAGCAUUUUAGACUUGGUGGUAGACGUAGACAUCGGCUGACAGAGGCUGGCUCUCCCUGUCGGAUACCUACAACUCCUGUUACAAAGAAAAAACAGAUCAUGGGCAGGAGUCCUACCAAGCUGUAUAGUCCGUUUGGCAUUGAAACACCUCAUAGUCGUGAUUUUAGGAUGUCACCGUACAUGCCGGAUACGCCAGAUCAUGGAAUCUCACCAAAGAGGCGUAAAGGAGUUACCCAUUCCUGGCACAUUUUAGCCAAGAAGCGUCCAAGGGCACUCUUCCAAUAACAUUAAUAUAUUAAACAAUAUUAUGCACAAAUAACCCACCGCUUAAUGUAAGUUUAUAAUAAGCUUUGAAUACAAUAGUAUAAUUUUGUAUGAUUGGUGCUAUGGAGUUUACGGAAUGCUUUCUAAAGAUUGUAGAUGCUUCCAACCUUAUGAGGCUCUGAAAAAGACAGACUGAUAAUUUCUAUUUAACAUCAUCUAAAUGUUUCAUCAUAUAUAUUUCGAUAAAGCGAACCACAAUUAUAGUUUCAUAAAGCAAGUUAAGUUAUUCAAUAUUAGUAUAGAUAGUAAUUUAUUCCAUGAUAUCACUUGUAAUUUAUAAUUUAACCUAAUAUGAGUUUCGUCACACAAGUAUUGUUUGGGUGUAGCCGCAUUAAUCAAACAAGCCAUUACCAUGGAAGUGAGAUAGUCUUUGGUUUAACAUAUUAGUGCCAUGGUAAGAACCUGACCCUGCAUCAUACUAAAUCAUAUCUAUAAAUCAAGUAUCUAGAGUAAAACUCUUGGAACCAUUACUGUGGCUGUUCUUUGGUCGCAAAAACAGUAAAAAACAAUUUUAUAUUUGAAUUUUUUUUGGCAUCUCUUUGCUACAUAUUUUCUACUGCAGGGCGCAGUAGACCUUAUUUUCGGGGCGAGUUGUGCUUAAAAUGGGGCUGUCUUGUUUAUGUUGGAUUAUAAGGUUCUAUUGUCAUUGCAAUUCAAUAUUACCUACGAAUAUUUUUAAUGUAUUAUUUAAUUAUUAAUAAUCAUAAAAGUAAUCUAAAUUCAUACCCUUGUAUUUAUAUGGUUGUGUUCUAGAGAUUAUCUGUGGUGUUGAUACAUGAGUACGAGACUGUUAAGACUCUUGAACAAGUUCGCUAUCGAUGGAA